CUCUCGAUGUCGGUCCGCAAAGUAUUUCAGACAUGGCGUUUAGCUCGAUCAAUGGCGUACAUGUGUGAGAUUAUCGCGCGAUGGUGAAUUAAAUUGAUAAAGGUUUCUUCUAGGUCGUGACAUUUUGAGGCAGUAAACUCCCAUUCAAAGAAAGCAGGAGUCACGAUGUGGCCCGUUAACCAGUGGCAGGGCCCAGGGCCUGGCCAAUGGGGCAUGCAAGCCCAGCAACAUUACCAAGCAAACGCAGCCGCUACUGACUGGGCAUCUCUGGCACAGGAAUGGAUCAGACAGAAAGAAGUAUCGGAUACACCACACCAACAAGCACCACCACCACACCCACAAGCAGCACCACCACACCACCAAGCGCCACCACACCUACAAGCGCCACCACACCUACAAGCACCACCACCACCACUGCCCCCUCUACCACCUCAACCCCCCCUUCCACCCUCAGAGGUGGUAUUGGAACACCCACCCCUCCCUCCUCAGAUUCCUCCAUCAGCACCAGCCCUACUUCCCCUAGACGAUGAGGGCAGCAAACAUCGACAAGAAGGUGGAGACCGUAUGAUGCGCCUACUACCCCCUCCACCACCACCCCCACAGGGCAUGCCUGAGGGCCAACCCCGCACCUCUGGUGCUCCCUCUACCAGUGUAUCUCAACCCAUUGCCUGGGACUGGAACCACCAAACACCUAGUACACAGUGGCAGCAGCAGCAGCAGCAGCAGCAGCAACAACAACAGCAGCAACAGCAGCAGCAGAACUUCCCUCCACCACCCGGCCCGCCCCCUAUGGUAGCCCCUCAGAGGUUCGACUAUGCCCAUGGAGCCGGCAACAGCAGCUCAGUGAAAAGGUUUGAGCGCCAUCACGGUAUGGAUGGGGGAGAUGGGGGAGGGGGAGGAGGGGGACUAGCCCCUCCCUUCCACCAGCAUCCCCCUCCUAUGCCUCCAGAGAGAUUUGACUACAAUCAUGGUGGGCAAAGCAAUGAUUAUCGUCAAGAGAAUUACCAACAACAGGGGUAUGCCCCCAACCAACAGCAGCAGCACUGGCACCCCCCUCCCCAGCAGGAUUUCUACCAGCAUGACAUGGGGAUGGGAGGCAGGGAGCGGCACCCCCAGCCCCAGCAGUACCACAGUGGUGAUGGACGGGGUAGGGACGGGGGUAAGGGAUACCGUGACUUCAAUCGGAUGGACUACUCCCAUGAUCCCCAGUAUUCCCACUACCCGCCAGAUGUGGAGGAGGAAGAGCCCAACCUAGCUCUUGAUGAGCAGAAAAUCAAGCUGUUGCCUGCCUGGAUCAGAGAGGGCCUGGAAAAGAUGGACAAAGAGAAAGAGAAGAAGCUGGAUAAGGAAAAGAAAGAGAAAGAGAGAAGAGAUCGACUAGAGGCCAGUAAGAAGGCUGAGAAUGACAUCAUCAAUCAAGCUCGGAUUGCUGCUGGUCUUCCGCCAAAGUCCAAGUACGAUGAUAGUGAUGAAGAAGGAGGGGGAGGGGAUGGGAAAGCCACUGGAUUGAAAGGCCAAAGCGCUGAAGGGGAGGAGGAGGAGGAGACCUCUCUGAAGAAGAAUCGGUCGUCUCCGGCUCCUGAUGAGGAAGAGGAGGAAGACGAGCCACCGUAUAUGACAGAGGAGGAAAGACAACAGCAGCUGAUGACGAAGAUCCGGAAGUGGAUGACAGAGGUCCUGCUGGAGGUGACGGGGAAGGAGAUCAAACACAUCGCCACCGAGGUUCAUAGAAAGGCUAAGCUUAGGGCAGCUAAAGCACCAGCUCGUCAGCUCUCUAAUUCUACCGCAUUGGCUUCCAUAACUGGGCUUUCUGGUCUGACAUCAUACGCUUCGGACAGUGACGAGGAUAGGAGUGACGAUGAGAGGGGGAAGAGGGAGGAGUCAGAGAGUGAGGACAGCGAUCAGGAGCUCAAGAGGAGUAUCCAGUCCAAGAAGGAUUCAUGGAGACGCAAGAAACAUGAAAACAUGUUUGCAAGAUCGGAUGACGAGAGUGAUGACGAGAGGGGAGACAGGAAGAGAGAGAAACCCACUUCGGAAUCUAGCAUCCAGAAACCCAGCUUAAAACCACGACCAGAUAGAGAUGAGAAAGAGGACAGUCUAGUUGCAAACGGUGGAGAGUUAGAGAGUAGAAAAGGAGAAAGAGAUGAGAGUAAAAAAGAAGGGGAGAGUGGAGAUAAGAAGAAGAGAUCUCGAAGGUGGGAUCAGAAAGAGAAGGUUGAGAUUAAGGCUGAAUCGGUGAGCUCAAGCUCGGAGGACAGCGAUAGCAAUAGUAGCAGUAGCAGUGGGGAUGAGGAGGAGGAUGAUGAGGGGAGUGAGAGCAGCGAAGAGUCUUCCGAUGACGCUAAGGAUUCGGCUAGGAGGAAGAAGAGGGAGAGGAGCAGAAGCAGAGAGAGAAAGAGUAAGGACAGGAGGAAAGAGAGUGAGGUGGAUGACAGUGAUAGGGAGAGGAGAAGGGACAAGGACAGAAAAAAGAAGAAAGAUACAGAAAGGGAUCGAGAUAGGGAUAAGGAAAAGGAAAGGGAUAGGGAAAGUAAAAGUGAUAGGAAGAGACGUAGAAGCAGGGAAAGAAGUAAGGAGGAUGAUAAAAAGGAUAGGAGGAAAAGUAAGAAGGACUCGGAAAAGAGCAAAGAAAAAAGUAAGAAAAGGGACAGAAGUAGUCGGGAGAGGGAUGAAGAGAGAAGCCGGGAAAGGCGAAGCAGUCGAGAGAGGAAUAGGGAGAGAAGUUCUGAGAGGGAUAGAGAGAGAAAGAAGAGGCGGGAUAAGGACGAUGAUUCCAAACAUGACAGAGAAAGAAAACACAGGCGUAGUUCCAGGGAACGGGAUGAUAAGGACCAUGGUAAAAGUAAGCAUAGAGAUAGGGACCGGUCUAAGAGUUCUGAAAGUGAACACUCGGUCAGUAGCUCCAGGGAUAAGCAACGAAGGAAGUCCAGGACUCCCGAGGGUCGCAAAUCAAAACGGGACUCGUCAAAGCGUAGUCGAUCCAAAGAUCGAUCUUCCAGUAAACGCCACAAGGAAAAGCGCAAGCGCGAUUCAUCCGAUGAAGAGGCGAGCGACCAAUCACAUCGUCGAAGCAGCAAGCACAAGAAGUCGUCAUCAAGGCGCCGAUCGAGGUCGUCAUCAGAAGAUUCCCAGCGGAGGCGCUCAAGGAAGAAGCGUCACAGAGAGGCAAGUGAGGAUUCGUCUGAUUCUAGAGCCGACUCGCUUGAGCGGUCUCACGGAAGCAGGUCCGGUAAGGCGUCCAGUCGCAAACGAAGGUCUAGAUCAACGUCAAGGUCUCAAAGACGUUGAACGUUGAACCGUAGCCAUACUAUAGACAUAGUUGUGCAAGUAAGUAGUACAGAAGUAGCGAUAUAUCAUGAAGGGAUGAAUUGAUUUUCGUAUAUAAAGAGCAAGGUAAAAAAAAAAAAA